AAAAAAAAAAAAAAAAAAGUUAGGAAACCCAACCCGAAAAGAGAAGAGUGCAACUCGGAUCCCUCCCACCAAGUGGCGACAAUCUCAGAGCUGGGCUUUCACGAAGGUCUGAUCGCGUUCAAUUUCCUUCUCUUUGAUCAGCAAAGCUAAAGUUUUCAAUCGGAAAACGAUUCAAUUUCUAUUCACAAACAUGUCUUCUGGGUUGAGUUCACUAUCAUCCAGUGAUGAACUCGACAAUUUCAACCCUAGAACAUCAUCCGCUACGCCACCUAAACCUCUCGAAGAAGAAUUGGCGUCUCUAGCAUUGACCUUACCACAUCCCCACCGGCUCUCCGACCAAGAGGAUGUUAAUGGCGUCUCAGAUGGAUCCGAGGGCGACAGCACUAGGUUUGAAAUUCAACGGAGUGACGAGGAAACGGGGGUCGGCGUAGUUUGUGAAGCGAAUUCGGCUUCGGUGGUUGAGGGAGCGACGGGGGGUUCUGAUGGUGCUGCUGGGGUUGUGUGGGGGAGGACGAAUUCGGAGAUUGAGGUGGAUAGACCUGCCAGUCCUAGCAGCAGUGGGUAUGCAGGUGAAAGAGGAAGCAGCAGUGCUAGUAGCGGGAGGUCGGAGAUGGAUGGAGUUGCUGAGGAUGAGAUACAAGAACUGAGAGAUGACGCUUCUGUUGGUGAGAAUUCGAAAUCUGUACCUUCGUGGGUUCCUGGAAAGCGGCAUGGUGAUGAGGAUAAGAGAAGAAUGCUCUGUCAUGUUACUUUUAUUUGGGGAUCCUUUAGCUUGCGAGAAACAAGAAAAUAUUCAGAAGGUUUGAGAGAUCUUUGGGAUGAUGCUUCCAUAUCGUGGAGAAAAAGGAAGAAGCAUUUCUUUAUUUUGAGCCAUUCUGGAAAGCCUAUUUAUUCCAGGUACGGAGACGAGCACAAACUAGCAGGAUUUUCAGCCAGCUUGCAGGCAAUCAUUUCCUUUGUGGAGGAUGGGGGUGAUCGAGUCAAAUGGGUUAGAGCUGGAAAACACCAGGUCGUCUUUCUUGUGAAGGGUCCAAUUUACUUGGUUUGCAUCAGCUGCACAGAAGAGCCUUUUGAAUCAUUAAGAGGCCAGUUGGAACUUAUUUAUGGUCAGAUGAUACUUAUUCUAACAAAGUCUGUAAAUAGAUGUUUUGAGAGAAAUCCCAAGUUUGAUAUGACUUCUCUUCUUGGAGGAACAGAUGUUGUCUUCUCCUCUCUCAUCCAUUCAUUCGGUUGGAACCCUGCCACUUUUCUUCAUGCAUACACUUGUCUUCCUCUUGCUUAUGGUACAAGACAAGCUGCAGGUGCAAUAUUACAAGAUGUUGCUGAUUCAGGCAUUCUUUUUGCAAUUUUAAUGUGCAAACAUAAGGUUAUCAGUCUUGUUGGUGCUCAAAAAGCUUCUCUUCAUCCUGAUGACAUGUUAUUACUUGCCAACUUUGUGAUGUCGACAGAAUCCUUUAGGACAUCCGAGUCUUUCUCUCCAAUAUGCCUUCCAAGAUACAAUCCUAUGGCGUUUUUGUAUGCAUAUGUUCAUUAUUUCGAUGUUAACACUUACUUGAUGCUCCUUACGACUAAUUCAGAUUCAUUUUAUCACUUAAAGGAAUGCAGGAUUCGUAUUGAGACUGUCCUUUUGAAGUCAAAUGUUCUUAGCGAAGUUCAGAGAUCCAUGUUAGAUGGUGGGAUGCAUGUUGAAGAUGUGCCUGUCGAUUCUUUACCUCGUUAUAGAACUAUAUCUCCUCAUUUGGGCCAACAAAGAGCUCCAUCAGAAUUUCCUGAAAGAUUCAAGGAAUCUUAUGCUGGGAUGGGUGGUCCUGGUGGACUGUGGCAUUUCAUUUACCGUAGUAUAUAUCUGGAUCAGUAUGUAUCUUCUGAAUUUUCAUCUCCAAUUAGCAGCCGUCAACAACAGAAGAGAUUGUACAGAGCAUACCAAAAUAUUUAUGCUUCAAUGCAUGAUAAAGAAAUUGGCCCUCACAAAACCCAGUUUAGAAGAGAUGAAAACUAUGUUUUACUCUGCUGGGUCACCCAAGAUUUUGAGCUUUAUGCAGCAUUUGAUCCAUUGGCUGAUAAGGCUUUGGCGAUAAAGAUCUGCAAUCGAGUUUGUCAAUGGAUUAAGGAUGUGGAAAACGAAGUUUUUCUUCUGGGUGCAAGCCCAUUUUCAUGGUAACACUCCAUGUAUUAUAAUUUUUGUGUAUUCAUGUUUAUACACAUCCACGGUUUUGCAUUUUAUUUAUUAUAGAGUGUAGGCUAGCUUACAAAACUUGUAUUCAAUUAAUUCCAUCUACUGGAAAAAUAGGUACAUUAUAUUAGUGAAAAUCUAUGAAAUGAAGAUCUAGUUUUUCUAACUAUUGUA